AUUUACCUUGCCGUAGAUACCAAAACACCGGACGUGACAGGCCAGAAUUCUAGACUAAUAUAAAAAGUCUCCCGUAAUGUAAUUAGGGUCAAAAGGACGAUCUGAUUAGCCACUGCAUCAAGCAGCACUGGGCUACUAUUAUCUAUGCUAUCAGCGCAAACACCACGAAAGAAACGUCUCAGUAAGUUGCUUCAUCACGAGUGACACACACACCAUUUCCACCCGACUGUUCCGUUUGUUUUUGUUCUUUCUGCUGCUUCGCUGCAUUCCGUAUGUCGCUGCUAAGUUUUCUUCCGCACCGUAUUUCCCAGCGUCUGACUGCACUCUAUUUCACCGUGUCAAGUUUUAGCCUUCAGCGCCGACCACAAACAACACAAACCAGCACGAUGGUGGGCAUGACGGUGACGAAAAUUCCUGCCCUAAAGGACAAUUUCAUGUACCUGAUCGUGUGCAACACGACGCGGGCAGCGGCCGUGGUCGAUCCGGUUGCGCCGGAACGAGUGCUGGAGGUCGUGCAGGAGCAAAACUGUAAGCUGAACCAGCUGCUGACGACGCACCACCACUGGGACCAUGCCGGCGGUAACGAGGCGCUGUCGGAUCGUUUCCGCCAGAACCCGGACUGGGGCGAGCUGCGCGUGUACGGUGGACAGGAUGAACGGAUUGCCCGGCUAACGCACCCGGUUAAGCAGGACGAUACGUUCGGCAUUGGGAAUCUGCGCGUCCGCUGCCUUUCUACACCGUGCCACACGACAUCGCACAUAUGCUACUACGUCGAGAGUGAGACGGAGCGGGCCGUCUUUACCGGCGACACGCUGUUCCUUGCCGGGUGUGGCCGAUUCUUCGAGGGCACACCGGUCCAGAUGUACGAUGCGUUGAUCGGCAAACUGUCCCAGCUGCCGGACGAUACGCAGGUUUACUGUGGGCAUGAGUAUGCGCUGCAGAAUCUACGGUUCGGGCAUACGAUCGAACCGAACAACGAGGACAUACGGGUGAUGCUGGAAAGGGCCCAGACAGCCGAUCUGGAAGGGCGCCGAGCGCUCGUACCGUCCACCAUUGGGCUGGAAAAGCGCAUCAACGUGUUUAUGCGUGUGCAGCAUCCGGACAUGAGAGCGAAGUUCGACACGAGCGAACCGAUCGAGAUUAUGGGAUUGUUACGGGCAGCUAAGGACAAGUUUUAAACGGCGCAAUCACGCAUUUCUGUUAAGGAACUGCAUGGUCCCGAAUACGAUUCCGGAUCCAAUUUAUUUUGGUCGAAGACCACUUGAACCGUUCAGAAGCGCAAAGCGAACCGGGUGAAUUUGCAUUGGACAGAUUCCAAGCGGGCCCGGGGGGCGAGCAGCAGAAGGCCACCACACAACGGAUGCAUAUUCCAGAACCGAUCCAACCAAGGAACAGUAGAGCAUCUUGAUGGAGACCGGCACCGUGAAGUCACGAGCAAGUUGAUUAAGCAAACCCAUCAGCUGGUUGCCCUUGAUUACGACGUGUUGAAGCUGUUUUUCUGCAAUUUUCUAUUAGCACAAUUUCAAAACUGCAAAAACCAUUUUUUUUUAAACGGCAAUAAAAAUUCUAAUAAGAAUUACAA